AUGAAGGGUCUCAAGAAAGCUAUGAACCUUUCGCGUUCAAAAUCAAAUGACACCAACGGCAACCGCAACAGCUCGGCAGGUGGAGGCACCGUUCCCGUACCUCCUCCCAAGGGCGGCACUGUCCCCUCCACUCCAGCCUACCAGGGCUCGCUCAAGUCAAAUAACAGCAACAAGGAUGCUUCCAGUUCAGCCUCGAGUUCUUCCAACUCGCUCAACAACUCGAGAGGCUCUGCUGGCUCAGCACAUGCACCUUUCAACAACCCUGCUUAUCCUCCUGGUCAAGGUACGCCUGAAAGAAGAUUCCCCCCAACCGGUGCGAAUCAUUUGGCUGACAAGACGCCGCCUGCUCCCCCCGUCGUUGUAGUUUCUUCAGAGAUGCCUGCGGAUCCCAUUCCACACUCUGUUGCAACCACCUCUCAGCCCUCUUCUUCCAUCACCCCUUUCCAUCACACAGGCUCUCCAGGUUCCCCUCCUCCGCCAGGCGCUGCUAUGGCUUCCUUGAGCAGCACCGGCAUUGCUGCUUCUGAGCUCGCCACUCCUCCCAAAGCCGGAACCCUCAACCGCAUGCGUGGUGUUCCUUCCACCGCCGGUCCCAAGGAUACCAUCCCCAUCACCGCCAAGACCCCACCACGCAAGCAGAGGAGUUCUCGUUUCCACGUCACAGAAAAGGUCGAGCUCGAAAAGCUGCCCCACUUCAACGAGGUUGUGCCUGCCGAUCGAGCCGAGCUGUUUGUAAGGAAGCUCAGACAAUGCUCGCUUGUAUUCGACUUCAACGAUGCCAGUCAAGAGCUCGAAGGCAAACAGAUCAAAGCUGCUACUCUCCACGAGAUGCUCGAUUACAUCACCACCAACCGCAAAGUCAUCACAGACGAGAUCUACCCAGAAGUUGUCGCCAUGUUCUCCGCCAACUUGUUCCGCUCCAUCCCACCACAAGUCAACCCAAUCGGAGACGCAUUCGACCCAGAAGAGGACGAGCCAGUCCUCGAGCUCGCAUGGCCGCAUCUUCAGAUUGUCUACGAGUUCUUCCUCCGCUUCGUCGAGAGCCCCGACUUCAACACCAACAUUGCCAAGAAGUUCAUCGACCAUCACUUUGUCUUGCAACUGCUCGAGCUCUUCGACAGCGAAGACCCACGCGAACGUGACUUUUUGAAGACGACGCUCCAUCGCAUCUAUGGAAAGUUUCUCAACCUCCGAGCUUUCAUUCGACGAUCUAUCAACAAUGUCUUCUUCCAGUUCAUCUACGAGACAGAACGUCACAAUGGCAUUGCAGAGUUGCUCGAGAUUCUUGGGUCCAUCAUCAACGGCUUCGCGCUACCACUCAAAGAGGAGCACAAGACCUUCUUGACACGGGUCCUCAUCCCACUCCACAAGGUCAAGAGUUUGGCGCUCUAUCACCCACAGCUUGCCUACUGUGUCGUUCAAUUCUUGGAGAAGGACAGCUCCUUGACAGAAGAGGUGCUUCUUGGCCUAUUGCGAUACUGGCCCAAGGUCAACUCGCCUAAGGAAGUCAUGUUCCUCAACGAAGUUGAGGAAAUCUUGGAUGUGAUCGAGCCCUCCGAGUUUGUCAAGAUCGAAGUGCCCCUCUUCCAGCAGCUUCAGCGAUGCAUCAACAGCCAACACUUCCAGGUCGCCGAGCGUGCUCUCUACUUCUGGAAUAACGAAUACAUUGUCAAUCUCAUUGGCGACAACGUUCAGGUCAUCUUGCCUAUCGUCUUCUCGGCUCUCUACCAGAACUCAAAAGCGCAUUGGAACCGCACCAUCCACGGACUCGUCUACAACGCACUCAAACUCUUCAUGGAGAUCAACCCAGCGCUGUUCGAGAUGUGCACAAACGAGUACAAGCAGCAACGCCAGAUGGAGAAGCAGAAGCUCCACGACAGGGAAGAGGCAUGGAAGAAGCUGCGCGACACUGCUAUCAAGAACAGUAAGGCGAUCGGAGUCGAGAUGCCCGCUUCUCUCAAGGAAGAGACUGCAGCACCGGCAGGGAGCGUCAACCCAUAUGACUUGGAUGCUUUUGACUCUGCUGCUGUUGGUGCUGAGAGCCUGUUCGAACAGAUGGAGCAAGGCAUCGACGGCGAAGUCUCGACAACCGAAUAUGACGAUGUCGAAGCCAAUCGAGUUGCACAAGGGACAGCGCAAGAACCCGAACAACAAGCGGGUGAAGAUAGCGUCGACGAUAUGGUACGUUGA